CAUCGUUUGUCUUUCUGUGCCUGACUUCUCCAACAUCUUUCUAUUUUGCCUUCAGUUUAAGAAAGCUCCAGGGGAACUACUAUCAACAGCAGCCAACCUGCUCUCAGAGACACAAGGCUGCUUUGCUCAUGCCCACAGAAACCUGUCAUUCCUAAACCACUACUUCUCCCACUCCCUUGUUCUCACCCAAAUUUCCCCCAAUGUCCUUACUCAGGGACAGUUAAGACCAGUAUGGAGAAAAGUAGAACCUAAUCCCAGGUGACUGGCUGAGUGUGGCCGUCCCUCCAUACUUUCUCCCUCCACAGGACCUUUGGUCUUGUGGCUGGAGAGAAUCAGGCUGUCCCUUCAAGAUCAGACUGUUCCCAGUGCCAUGAACAAAGACAGCUCCUUUUCAAAGAGCCUCAGGGAAGAUACUCAGAAAUCAGAGAAGAAAUACAAGGCCUUCAGGGAUAUUUCCAAAUACUUCUCUAAGAAAGAGUGGGCAAAGCUGAGCCAUUCGGAGAAAAUUACCUAUGUGUAUUUGAAAAGAAACUACACCACCAUGACUAGUCUAGGUCUCAGAGCCACCCUUCCUGCUUUCAUGAGUUCUAACAGACAGAUCAUAGAAUCCCAGAGCGAUGAUUCUGAUGAAUGUCGCAACCGUGGGAGUCAGGAUGAAUUGCCUAAAAGUGCUUCUGGCAUACGACAGAGAAAACGCAAGGAGAUGCCCAAGAAGCCAGCAAUGGAAGAAAAUGAUCCAAAGGGAGUGCCAAAAGCAGUUGGCUCAGAACAGGCUCAGAGACAACUAUACCCGUUAGGAAAAGCAAGUACUUCUGGGAAGCAAAGUGAGAAGGUAUCAGGACCCAGAAAGAAGAAUGUGAAUAUCUGGAGCCACAGGUUGCGGGAAAGGAAGUAUCUCGUGGCAUAUGAAGAGAUCAGCGACCCUGAGGAAGAAGACUGACUCUGUAAAUGACCCUUUGACACAUCUUCCAUGCCCCUGCAAAUAUGCUGUUUUGUUCUUAUCUGGUCACUUGUUCUCCAAACUCAUUCACUUCCCAUAAUCCCUUGGAGUGCAUCAUUGAGGCUAAGAUUUCCCACACUUUUCUACUCCCUACUCUUGUGUAUCUGAGGUCCUUUCCUAUCCAGGAUGCCAUAGGCUCCCAAAUCCCAGGUCAGCUCCCAACAUGCAGGCUAUACCUUCUUAUAGCCUAAGAAUUCAUAGAACAGGACAGGUGAGAAAGUCCCUGUGGCCUAAGCAGAGGGCUCACUUGGAGGAGUAGAGGUCCUGACCUUGGGCAACACAGAAGUGUGUGCGUUCUGCAGGUCAGGAGGAAGAGUUAGCAGUGGUAACUCACUCUCACUUCUUUUUCUUCUGUCUUUUCCCCUCAGCUUCAGGGAUGUGACCUUCCCAUGAUGAGAAGCAAAACGUGGUGACCUUUUUUAUAGUCAUGGGCAUGGCUCUGAACUUCUGACCUUCAGGUGUAUAAGCAAGCUAAAGGAAGAAUUCAUAACAUUAAAAAUUUAAGCAUCAUUUAUUUUUACUAUAUGUUAUGUAUUCUGUUAGAAUUUUUCUUGCUAUAUGCCCAGCAAUCUGUUAGAUAUUAGAAUUUAUUGGGCAAGACAUAUACCUAAUGUAUAUAUCUGCCUGUGUGUAUCCAUGUGCCUAUUUUCAAAAACAAAUAUUAUUAGAUAUUCUCUGCAUUGAACAGCACUACCUUUCCUCUGCUCCAGGUGGGCCUACCAAAGACAUAGAUGUUUAAUUACAGAUUUUUCUCUGCAUUUACACACACACACAUACAGGGAUAUCACUAUGGGCAUCUCUUCUCUGCUUUGCCCCACUACUAAGUUGUCUGUCUGGACAAGUUCCCCCUCAGUCUGUUUCCUGUUCAACACAUGCUUCAUGCUGCAAACUCCCAUCCUUCAUUUAUCCUGCAUCUGUCACAAACAAUAAACAUUUGCAAGUGUUUCCUUA